UCAUGACUCUCAACAAAGCAGGCGUUUGCCACCUGAAGAGAAGGCUCAUAACUUUGAAGAGCUGAGAAGCAGAUUCAUGAAUGGAGAGGAGGAGAGUAAAGACAUCAGGAGAGGAACAACUGGAGAGAAAUGUUAUGACCCUCGGGACACCACGCUGACAUUUGUACAAGGAGAGGAUGAAAUGGAUUUUUUGUGUCAUGACUUCAAGUCUCUGAGAGCAAAGAUGUCCUGCGGUCAUGCUGUCACUCCGAUGUCUCUCACCAUCUGGUGUCUCUAUUUGCUAGAAGAGGGUGAGUGCAGAUUUGUGUGUGGCCAGACUGGCUGUGAUGUCGAGUGGACGUAUGAAGAAGUUUGUAAAAUGGCUCUUCUGACCCCUGAAGAAAGGGAUUACUUUGAAAAGAAAAUGUUCAGCAACGCUGCUAAGAACUACUUGGAUGUCAAAUUCUGUCCUGGCUGCAAGUGUCGUGUGGUGAGAACUGAUCUACACAAUUUGAGUGUGUGCUGCACACUGUGCACAGCGGAGAAAAAAAAGAUUUAUCUAUUCUGCUGGCAGUGUUUGAGGGAGGUGAAAACUCCAGCUGUACGUUUAGACCACUGUGAAAAUGAUGGCUGCAUCAGUCAGCCACUAGAGACGCUGAGAAACUGUCCUGAUAUCAUCUUUGAGUCAGUGAAGGGGGUCACUGGCUGUCCCUCCAUCCGUGCCUGUCCCACCUGUGGUGUUCUGGUGGAGCAUAACAAAAGACAAUGUAAAACCAUGGUCUGUCCCCGGUGUAAGGUGAAGUUCUGUUAUGUGUGUCUGCAGUUCACUCAAGAGUGCCUGAAGAAAAAGCCAUAUGACCUUUGCUCCAGUGGUGUAGCACCAAGACAGACCGCUAUACCUGUGUGGCAGAGGACAUAA